AUGGCUCUAUUUGAUGCAAAUACUUCCGAUGUGGAAAACCGGUGUUUAUUUAUUUGUUACCUAACACUUACUAUUUCUGCGUCUUUGACGCACUUCAUUGCAUUCGUUAGUCCAUACUGGGUAGUAGCCGGUUCCGGCGCCUACGCUUUGUUCAACAGAAUCGGUCUGUGGACAGUGUGCUUCGAUGGGUACAUGCGGCCUAAUCAAUUUAAUAAAGCUUAUUUUGGUUGUUUUUACGUAUACCAUACUGAAUACGAUUUGAUACGCGAAUGGUUAAAUCCGGUUGAAGUGUGGCUAUACGUCAUCCAGAUCAUAUCUUCUGUUGGGAUUUUGUCUGAGGGGAUCGUCCUAUUUUGUGUACUGUGUCAGGCCACUGGCCGUCUUGUUAUUGAACGUCUGAAUAUAACGAAGUGGCUGAUGACUGGGCAUUUCAUUGCAGUACACGCAAAAACUGCAAAGGCGUGGCUUGUUGGUCACGAAAACCGCGAAGACGCUGAUGAUGAGGUGCAGGACGAUGACGAUAGGAAUGUAGAGGACGAAAUACGCAAACUAGCCUCGACAUUUAAUUCUCGUGACUACUCACAGCCGGGUGGCUACCUGCAUGCAAGAGCUGCAGAUUUCGUCAUCCCAACUGAGUCGGAAAUUGUUGAGGAUCUAGGUGACAUUGAUGAUGGUGACAACGACUUGGUGCUCCCCAUGGUCGUCAGCCUACUGCGUCGACGCCCACGAGGUAGCCGACGCUUCAAAACCACCCGCAAACAGCAAGGCCAGUCGCUGACUUUCUUCGGAUGUAAGAAGGUCCUAGAUCCUAAUCCCACUGCUACACCAGCAAUUUUACUGCAUUUGGAGCUUAGUCCUAUUUGUGAAUGGUACUGUGGAAUGGAAAAUGCACUGGAUUUACACUGCUCAAGACAGAGCAAUGCCCCAAAACGUGGUUGUUCGAAUGAAUUGCAGUACAAUUUACUAGUCGCGAAGCGUUCGUCAGACGAAUAUAAAAUGGAGAAGCUGCCUUGUUUACCAGGCUAUAACCUUAUGAAUCUAACAAAAACACGCUUUCAUAGGUCACAGACACUAAAUUAUAGAAGUGGCUACCGCAUUCCUGAUCCUUAUCCAAGUGUAGGAAUUGGUGGUUAUCCACUAAAAGUGAACCAACCAACAGAAAGUGAUCUGGAUGAACUAGUAAACUACCAUCCACUUCUUACUAAUAGCCGUAACAAAGUGGUCCCGUUGCCGGAAUUCACCCCAGAUUACGUAGCAUUUGAUAAGAAGGUCCUGCGUUUCUACGGUUACUUCAAGGAAAGUGUCACCGAAUCUGCAGAGGAACACUAUCGAGUCCGAAACGUUAUGAUUUAUUACCAUCUUGAAGACGAUAGCAUGCACAUUUAUGAGCCGAUUGAGUUUAAUAGCGGACUACCACAAGGUCGGAUAGUGAAUCGACAAAGAAUCCCGAAAAACGGUCUCGGUGAUUACUACACGUGGAAGGAUUUGAAUCUUGGCAUGAACAUCACAAUUUAUGGUCGAGUGUAUCGUAUUGCGAACUGUGACACAUUCACUCGAAACUUCUUUGAAAGUGAAGGCAUUGAAUUAAAUGAAUCAGAGUCUAUACCCAAAGACCCAUACCUUGAAAACCGAGCAAUGUGCGAGAAGGUGCAAUCGACCAUUGCAAAAUCAACCUUUGAUACUCGCCGACAGCACUGCGAAUUGGACCGGCAAGUUCUACGUUUCUUCGCUGUCUGGGAUGGCACAAAAGAACUUUUAGGGGAUCUUCGAAAGUUUUCUAUUCUAUAUUACUUGAGUGAUGACACGAUGGAAGUGCGGGAACAUCAUACUAGGAACAAUGGUCGGGAUCCCUGUUCUGUGUUAAUUCGUCGACAUCGUUUUUUCAAAAACCAUGAUAACAUACCUGCAACAUUUCCAAUUGUUUGUCUGGAAAUCUCAUCCAAUGAGAUUAAAGAAUGCUAUAGCCCCAAGGACUUACGUAUAGGCGAAUCUAUCGUCAUCUAUGGCCGUCCUUUCCUUCUUUACGAUUGUGACAGUUUUACGAAAGCUUGGUACUAUCAGAACUUUGGUCUAACAGAUUUUAAACCCAUUUCUGUCGGACAAAAGGAUCCUGGUAUUAGAGAACCCGAACAGCCAUACUGUAACGAAUCAGAAUUUUUAGGGCAUAACCCACAUUCUAUCAGCGAUUCACAUUGUACCCGGACGAAGUUUAAUUUGGGAAAGCAGGCAGACCAUUCUACAAAGGCGCUGCGAUAUGGAGCCAAACUCGCAAGUGGCUACCCAAACGAUAGUCAGCGCAAAUUCAUUAUCAGCUAUCGUCUGGUUGAUGACACGAUUCACAUAUGGGAAAUUCCGGUACGAAAUUCCGGUUUUCCUGGUGGCACGUUUCUCAAACCAACGAGAAUUGUCAAGCCCGGAAGUACCGUGGAGAAGCCAGAUUAUUAUGGGCCAAAAGAUUUUUUCAUUGGCUCCAUCAUCGACGCGUUUGGUACUCGUUUCCUAAUAACCGAUGCGGACGAGUACGUGGUUAAGUUCAUGGAAGCCCACCAGGAUCAGUUUCCGGAGAGUUUGAUCGGGAACCUCUCGUCGAAGGUGGUAUCUGAUAUCAUCAUGAAGAGUACUGUUGAAUCCAGGUCCUGCAAGAAGGGCAGUGCAGCGAAUCUCCAGCGAAACCCAGGUGACAUUGACAAGCUGGUUGGUGAAUUGGCCGUUCAGUUCAGAAAACUGGCCCUCAGCGCCGAAACACGAAUGGACGCGUUCUUCCUGAAAUACAAUAAGGACAGACUGUGCUUUGUGGAUGUUGAGACCCUGAAAGACAUUUGCAAAAAAUUGCAGCUCCCAGGAGAUGAGGACGUUCUCAACCACUUUUUGGACAAAUAUGGUACCAACGGCCGAAUGACAAUAGACGAGUUUCGAGCCUUCUUCCUCGACAAACCAAAGCCGGAGUGCUCGAUGGUUACUUGUGCGAACUCAAAGCCCUGCAUUUGA